UCGCACGGCCCCAUCCAACGGACGGACGGAAGGGGGGGCCCGAUCCACUUCAUCCCCCCCCUCCAUACCCUCUCCCCGAUGUGAUCCCACCGGGACGAUGCUACCGCUGCUGCCGCUGCUGCUGUUGGGAGCCCCGGGGCUGAGCCUGCCCCUGGACGACACCGAGGUGGUGACCCCGCUCCGCUUGGACCCGGACAUCAACGGCAGAGCCUACUUCAGACGGGGGCCGGCGGAGCCGCCCCGGGGGGGGCAGGCGGUGGUUUUCCAGCUCUCGGCUUUCGGGGAGGAUUUCUACCUCCACCUCACCCCCGAUGCUCACUUCAUCGCUCCCUCCUUCGCCUCGCAUUACCUGGGGGCCGCCGUCCGGCCCGGCCCUGCCCUCCGGCACUGCUUCUAUUCGGGGGAUGUCAACGCGGACCGGGAGUCUUUCGCCGCCCUCAGCCUCUGCGGGGGGCUCCGAGGGGCUUUCGGCUACCGAGGAGCCGAGUACAUCAUCAGCCCGCUGGCUGCGGGUGCAACGGGAGGGGAGCAUCGCCUGCAGCGCCGCAGCCCCGGCCGCCCCGUCGGGGCCGGAGCAUCCCGCUGCGCUGUGGGCUCCGCGCUCACCCCCGGCGUGCUGCAGGCGCUCGAUAAGUACCGGGGACGCGGAGGGGGGAAAGGGGGUCGGGCCAAGCGCUUUGCCUCCGUGUCCCGAUACGUGGAGACCUUGGUGGUGGCUGAUGAGUCCAUGGUGAAGUUCCAUGGGGAUGACCUGCAGCACUACCUGCUCACGCUGAUGGCCACGGCCGCUCGGCUCUACAAGCACCCCAGCAUCCGGAACCCCAUCCAGAUCUCCGUGGUCAAGUUCCUGCUCAUCGGGCAGGAUGACAAAGGGCCCAAAGUGACCGGGAAUGCUGCCCUCACCCUCCGCAACUUCUGUGCCUGGCAGAAGAAGUGGAACAAGGGCAGUGACAAGCACCCCGAGUACUGGGACACUGCCAUCCUCUUCACCAAGCAGGACCUGUGCGGUGCCACCACGUGCGACACGCUGGGGAUGGCGGAUGUGGGUACCAUGUGUGAUCCCAAGCGGAGCUGCUCCGUCAUUGAGGACGAUGGGCUGCCCUCGGCUUUCACCACUGCCCACGAGCUGGGCCAUGUCUUCAACAUGCCCCACGACAACGUGAAGGCCUGUGAGGAGGUCUUUGGCCGGCUGAAGACCAACCACAUGAUGUCCCCUACCCUCAUCCAGAUAGACCGUGCCAACCCCUGGUCAGCCUGCAGCGCUGCCAUCAUCACCGACUUCCUCGACAGUGGCCAUGGAGACUGCUUACUGGACCAGCCGGCCAAGCCCAUCCCGCUGCCCGAAGACCUGCCGGGGUCGAGCUACAGCCUGAACCAGCAGUGCGAGCUGGCCUUCGGGGUGGGCUCCAAGCCCUGCCCUUACAUGCAGUACUGUGCCAAGCUGUGGUGCACGGGCAAGGCACGGGGCCAGAUCGUCUGCCAGACCCGGCACUUCCCCUGGGCCGACGGCACGAGCUGCGGUGAGGGGCGAUUCUGCCUCAAGGGCUCCUGCGUGGAGAGGCACAACAUCAGUAAGUACAGGGUGGAUGGUGGCUGGGCCAAGUGGGCACCCUAUGGGCAGUGCUCGAGGACGUGUGGUGGAGGGGUGCAGCUGGCCAAGCGGGAGUGCACCCACCCCGUGCCUGCCAACGGGGGCUCCUACUGCGAGGGCAUCCGCGUCAAGUACCGCUCCUGCAACCUGGAGCCCUGCUCUGCUGCAGUGCCGGGAAAGAGCUUCCGUGAGGAGCAGUGUGAGGCCUUCAACGGAUACAGCCACAGCACCAACCGCCUCACCGCAUCUGUCUCCUGGGUACCCAAAUACUCUGGUGUCUCCCCACGGGAUAAAUGCAAACUCAUCUGCCGAGCCAAUGGCACUGGUUACUUCUACGUGCUGGCACCCAAGGUUGUGGAUGGGACCCCUUGCUCCCCAGACUCCACCUCGGUCUGCGUGCAGGGCAAAUGCAUCAAAGCAGGAUGUGAUGGGAAGCUGGGCUCCAAGAAGAAGUUUGAUAAGUGCAGUGUCUGUGGAGGAGACAACAAGAGCUGCAAGAAGGUCUCUGGCUUGUUCACCAAACCCAUGCAUGGCUAUAACUUCGUGGUGGUCAUCCCCGCGGGGGCCUCCAACAUCGACAUCAGGCAGCGGGGCUACAAGGGGCUCAUCAGUGAUGACAAUUACCUGGCACUGAAGAACGGGCAGGGCAAGUACCUGCUCAAUGGGCACUUCAUUGUAUCCGCCGUGGAGAGGGACCUCAUGGUGAAGGGCAGCGUCCUGCGGUACAGCGGCACCGGCACCGCCGUCGAGAGCCUGCAGGCCUUCAAACCCAUCCAGGAGCCCCUGACCCUGGAGGUGCUGUCCGUGGGGAAGAUGACCCCUCCGCGGGUGCGUUAUUCCUUCUACCUCCCCAAGGAGAGCAAGGAGGACAAAGGCUCCUAUAGGAAAGAGGGCAGGACCCCACCGGACCUCAACAACAGCCUGUCCAACCGGUUGGAUGGUGGGAGGCCGAGCUACAAACGUCCUUCCUACAAGUGGGCAGCGGGCGGAUGGGAAGCGUGCUCUGUGACCUGCGGCGAUGGGAUGCAGAAGCGCUCCGUGGCCUGCCAUGACUCCUAUGGGCAACCCGCAGCCGAGUGCGAUGCUGCCCAGCGCCCGGCUGAGGUCCGGCUCUGCGGGGAGCCCUGCCCCAUAUGGGAUGCUGGACCUUGGUCCCCCUGCUCCAAAAGCUGUGGUCGUGGGUUCAAGAGGCGGGCGCUGAAGUGCUCGGUCCCAUCCGGGCGCCUGCUCCCGCGGGAGAGCUGCAAUUCCCGUAGGAAGCCACAGGAGUUGGAUUUCUGCACCUUGAGGCCGUGCUGAGCUGGUUCCAGGGGUGCUGGUGAGGAAGGGCAUGGUGCUCCUCCG